CAAAUAGAUGGGUCUGUGAGGCCGCAGGGUGUCGCCAGAGUAAGGACGGCACGGGAGCGCGCACGCCCCCAGGAACUACAGUUCCCAGGAGGCCUUGCGCGGACGCCCGGGAGCGGGGCUACCCCGGGGUGGGGCCUGUGGACUGCGGCGUGUGGGGAGCUAACGCGGCUCGGAUGGCCGGGCAGGUGAAGGACCGCGAGGCCUUCCAGAGGCUCAGCUUCCUGUACCAGGACCCCGAGAACCAGGCACUGGCGAGGUUUUACUGCCACACGGAGAGGACCAUAGCGAAGCGGCUCGUAUUGCGGCGGGACCCUUCGGUGAAGAGGACCCUCUGUCGUGGCUGCUCUUCCCUCCUCAUCCCGGGCCUGACCUGCACCCAGCGCCAGAGACGCUGCAAGGCUCAGCGCUGGACUGUACAGACCUGCCUGACAUGCCAGCGCAGCCAACGGUUCCUCAACGAUCCCAGGCAUCUGCUCUGGGGAGACCGACCUGAGGCCCAGCUGGGGAGCCAGGCAGAUCCCAAACCACCACAACCCCUGCCAAACACAGCCCACCGCAUUCCAGCCCACCUUCCUGAGGAGAAAAUGCAGCCUCAGAGUUCCAAUCGCCAGUGAUGGAUUCAUCCUGUCUUCCAAAUAAAUGUUAAUUCUCUUUAACUUUGCAUGAUUCUGUUCUGUAUUUCAGCUCUUAACUCCAUUUUCCUCUGGUUCUGUCUGUAUUUCUCUGUCAGCAGCUAACCUCUUCUUUGUCCUUUUAGUCCUUUGUCGUUAUCAUCCUCAUACUCCCACCAUUCAGGGAGCUCCCAAUUACCACUUGGCCCCAUGAAGCAGCUCCCAUUUCCAGGACCCUGCCUCCAGUGCCCCUCCACCCCUGCUUCCUCAGUGCAGUGCCACGAUUGGAACUCAGGCUCCGGGCUUGUCUGCGAGGCCCUGAUCCUUCUUAAGGCAGUCCAUUUUUAGGUAGCCCUGACUGUUGACUAAAGGGCUGGACAGACAGACUGCUGAUGCUGUUUUUAAAGGAGGGAAAAAAAGUUUGGGUGGGGUUGGUGGAGGGAAGGUUUAGAUUCUCCAGGCCCACUUCCUUUUGGGUCUUUUCCCAAUCUCUGUGUUUUCUUCUAUAAAAUUCUAAUAAGAGAAGUUGUACAACCUGAACUAAUAAAGUCAAAGGUACUAACAAACGGACACUGGCAGAUAUUACACAAGUAAGUUCUGUAGGUAAACCUUCAAGGUUUUCUUGAGAAUCAGUAAACAACAAAAAUUGUUUUAUUUGAUAUCCCUGGACAAUUUACUUGAAGUCAGAAUUUCAGACUGACCUCUUUGCUAGGUGCCAGCUAAUCAGUUUACCCCAAAAGUAGACAAACAAAAUUCACUAUUCCCAGAAUGCAGUUUCCUCUCUUCUCUUUCUCUUGUAAAUCCUGGUUGCACUUAUUCAUUGCUGCAUAAAAAUCACUGCAUAAUGUUGUAGCUUAAAACAACAAUGAUGUGUUAUUUCCCCUGAUUCUGUGGGCUAGACUGAUUGAGGGCCUGUCUGGGUGGUUCUUCUGUUCCGUAUGGCAUUAGCUGGAGUCACUCAGCUGCAUUUAGCUGGAGGCUGGUACCUGGUCUGGAAGACUCAAGAAGCUUCAUUUGCAUGUUUGCACCUCAUUGCUUCUCCAUGUGGCCUUGCUCUGUAACUGGCCUUGACAUCCUCACAGCAUGGCUGUCUCUGGGUGGUUGGACUUCCUUAGAAAGCUUCUGGCUUCCACAGAGAGUAUUCCAAGAAGACAAGCUCCACGGUGCAAGUGCUUAUCAAGCCUCUGUCCUCUUCGCGCUUGCUAAUGUCACCUUGACCAGAGUAAGUCAUGUGGCCAAGCCCACGUUCAGUGUGGAAGGGACUACACUGGGGCGUGGAUACUGGGAGGUUCAUUGGUUCCUUGAGGACCACCAGUGUAGCAGUCUACCACAUCCUUGUUUUGCCUUUGUCCCUGACUCAUUCUCUUCACUGAUUCCUUCACAUGCCAGUACGCUGUUUGCAUGGAAAAUACUUAUCAGUGUGCAAGUAACUAAAUGUUUCUGAGUUAUUCUUUGACGUUUAUUUCUGGAGAUAGUAUUCAACGGGUCAACUGUAGCAGCCAACACAAACAUGUAGCCUGAAGAUGCGCCCCAUGCAGACCUCGACCCUUUGUGUCCUCAGCUCACCUUCCUUGGUUCCCUCCUUGAGUGUCAUUUCUGAGCUGGUUGGUUCUUACGCACUAAAUCUGAUUCUUGGCCAAGUUGUUUUGACUGUGAUUAUGAUUGCACAUGACU